AUGGAAAUUCUGAGAAAUCACAAUCUCAUUGAUUAUUAAUAACUUGGAUAAUAAUUGGUAAUUUUUAUAUUGGUAAUUGGCUUAAUUUACAACUAAAAAAAUAUAGAUAAUAUAGGGUUAUAUUAGGAAUAUUCCUAAACACUUGAGAAAGAGAUUCUAAAAGAGAAAAUAGGAUUUAAUUAUUGA